CUGAAAUUACCUCUGGCCUGCAUUGUUGGAAGAAACAACCGCUACCAUCUUGAUUCGACUACGAUGCGGAGAACUCUGUCCUCCAUUGCUGGAAGAGCUUUUGCAACAGUUCAUAGCCCCGACUCUCCACCUGGUCCCAACAGUAAACUAUUCGUUGCAGGUCUGUCAUGGUCGGUGAACGAGAAAUCAUUGCAAGACGCUUUCUCCUCUUUCGGCGAGGUAACAGAAGUGAGGAUUGCGUAUGACAGAGACAGCGGAAGAUCAAGAGGGUUUGGGUUUGUGAGUUUCACUAAAGAAGAUGAGGCCAGUAGUGCCAAGGACGCCAUGGAUGGGAAGGCACUGCUGGGUCGACCAUUGAGAAUUAGCUUUGCUCUAGACCGAGUUCGUGGGGGACCAGUUGUCGUCCCCCGUCUCUCUACUAAUGCAACAACACAUUACACUCGUUCCUGAUGCUUCUGAAAAAAUCUUACUCUCCAUUUUGGAUCAGCACCAUUGUGUAAACUUGCCCCACUUCGGGUUGAUUGUUUUUCAGCAGUUUCUUGUAUGAUCAUGAGUUAACCUUAUAGCAACUGCAGUACUGCACACUCCUUCGAUUGCAUAUGUCUAUUGAAAUGUCAUUAUUACUUCUGUGUGUAAUAUCCAUACUCGUCAUGGAACUGUGACACACUUAACACAAACUGAAUGCAGUACGUAGUUAUAAACACCAACCUGUCAACCACCCCAUUUGAUGCCAACUGAAACAGUGGUUUCCAUCUCAGAUCUUUGUGCCAUAGUUGGAAGUCAUCAACAUUAUCACUUAAUGAAACAGCUAUCAAAAA